AUGCCAACAGCCCAAGUCAAUUCAGAGGCCGGCAUUGCCUACUUCGAAUGCGUGGCGCAGCUGUCGGCUCCCCGCGUGGUGGAGGAGCGGCCUCUCGGAGGUUUCCUCCUGGCCUCCGUGUGGUCUCCGAGACUCUUGGACACUCAGCCCACGGCCCUGGGCUCUGACGCAUUUCCUGUGCGGCUUCUGCCACGGCUGGGGAUCUCCUCUGUGCGCCCAGAUUCGGGGCCCGUCACUGGAGGCUGGGUCUGUCGCUGGUAG